AUCUUUUUUCUUCCCAUAAUUUCAAUAAGAAUGAAUUUUAACGAAAACGCAGUAUUGUUUUGAUUCAACAAACCUUCUGAAUCUAUCCCAAAAUCACAGUCUCGAAACCCUAGAAGAUCAAGCUCCCCUUUUUCUUUCUCUCGUUUCCCUUUCAAAAAAGGCUCCCUUUCCACUCCUAGUCGGCGAUUGGAUCUCUGGGCUUUCUUUCUUUCAGCGAUUUCGAUCUUAAACCCGAGGCUUUGAACUUGUGAAUUCAGAUUGAAGCGAUUGGGGGUGAAAAGAUUUGAGUUGGCGCUGGCAAUGCCAUUAUUGUGGUUAGUGAGGAGCUAUUCGGUGAUUUUUGAGAUACCGAAAACGCAAAAUGUCUUGGGCAGGCCCUGAGGAUAUUUACCUUUCCACUUCACUUGCUAGCUAUCUUGACAGUGAGGCUGAUUUUGUAUUGUGUACUAAUUUGUAUGGUCUGACAAUAAUUGUUGUUGUAGAGAAACUUCUUGUAUUACUGAGAGAUGGCAGAAAGCUCAUGGGGAUACUUCGCUCUUUUGAUCAAUUUGCUAAUGCAGUUCUUGAGGGUGCCUGUGAGAGGGUUAUUGUUGGUGAUCUGUAUUGUGACAUCCCUUUGGGUCUCUAUGUAAUCCGUGGAGAAAAUGUUGUUCUAAUCGGUGAGCUGGACUUGGAGAGGGAGGAACUUCCUGAACACAUGACUCGUGUUUCUACAGCAGAAAUCAAGAGGGCACAGAAAGCAGAAAGGGAGGCCUCAGAUCUGAAAGGGACAAUGAGGAAAAGAAUGGAAUUCCUUGACUUUGACUAGUCAACCCUGAUUCAUCCUUCACCUUCCCCAUCCGCAAAUAUUAUAGCGGCUGUUCUUCAUAUAUUUUGCUUUCUUUUUCUCUGCUAUUGUUGUCUUUCAUGGGAGGGUUCAAUACUCUUGAAUUUUUUUCUGUAAUAUUAGCCUCAGGAAUCAUUACUAUCAUUCAUUUGCUUUCAAAAAAUUCUCAAUUAAUAUAAGCAUGAUUUCAAUUCCUUACCA